AUGAGGACGGUGGCAGGUGCCGAGGGCACAGGUGGUGCAGGCGGAGGACGGUGGCAGGUGCCGGAGCGGGAGCGGGCGGCGCGGCUGCGGAGCGAGCUGGUGGUGGUGAGCGCCGACUGCCCGCGGCCCCCCGUCAGCCUGGACCCGCGCGUCUCCAUCUACAGCCUCCGCAAGCCCCUGCUGAGCCGCAGCAGCGUCCAGGGCAGGGUCUACAACUUCUUGGAGCGGCCCACGGGAUGGAAGUGCUUCGUGUACCACUUCACCGUCUUCCUUAUUGUGCUGAUAUGCCUUAUCUUCAGCGUGCUUUCUACAAUUGAGCAGUAUGCAGCUCUUGCUACAGGGACAUUAUUUUGGAUGGAAAUAGUAUUAGUGGUGUUCUUUGGGACAGAGUAUGUGGUCCGGCUGUGGUCAGCAGGAUGCCGCAGUAAAUACGUCGGGAUAUGGGGAAGGCUCCGUUUUGCCAGGAAGCCCAUUUCAAUCAUUGAUUUAAUUGUAGUUGUUGCUUCCAUGAUAGUUCUUUGUGUGGGCUCUAAAGGUCAAGUCUUUGCAACCUCUGCUAUCAGGGGCAUCCGUUUCCUGCAGAUCCUGCGGAUGCUGCACGUUGACCGCCAGGGCGGCACCUGGAGGCUGCUGGGCUCAGUGGUGUUCAUACACAGGCAGGAACUGAUAACUACACUCUACAUUGGAUUUCUGGGCCUGAUUUUUUCCUCUUAUUUUGUGUACCUGGCUGAGAAAGAUGCUGUAAAUGAUUCUGGAGAAACAGAGUUUGGCAGCUAUGCAGAUGCCCUGUGGUGGGGAGUGGUGACUGUUACAACUAUUGGCUAUGGAGACAAAGUGCCACAGACCUGGAUAGGAAAGACAAUUGCAUCUUGUUUUUCAGUGUUUGCAAUCUCAUUUUUUGCACUGCCUGCGGGAAUUCUUGGUUCAGGCUUUGCCCUAAAGGUACAACAGAAACAAAGACAGAAGCAUUUCAACCGUCAGAUUCCAGCUGCUGCCUCACUCAUACAGACUGCCUGGAGAUGCUAUGCUGCAGAGAACCCAGACUCCUCUACAUGGAAAAUAUACAUUCGAAAACCUGCCAGGAAUUAUCAUUUGCUGUCACCCAGCCCAAAACCAAAGAAAUCGGUGAUGGUUAAAAAGAAGAAAUUUAAGUUAGACAAGGACAAUGGGCCUUCUUCUCCAGACAGGAUGUUGGCUAUACCACACAUCACUUACGACCACGUGGCAGAGGACAGGAAACCUGAUUUCAGUUUUGAGCCAUUUGAAAAUUCUGAUUGUCAGCGCUCCUGGCCAUCCUUUUCCACAGACCAGCAGUCUUCCAGCGCUCCUUCCUCUCCAGUGAAGAAGAGCCCGGCGUUCCUGGAUGUGAACACAGGAGCCUUCAUCAGGACCAGCAGCUUUGCCGAUGAGCUCGACCUGGAGGGCGAGACGCUGCUGACCCCGAUAACUCACAUCUCACAGCUGCGGGAACACCACCGUGCUGCCAUCAAGGUGAUUCGCAGGAUGCAGUAUUUUGUGGCAAAAAAAAAGUUCCAGCAAGCCAGAAAGCCCUAUGACGUCCGAGAUGUUAUUGAGCAAUAUUCUCAGGGCCACCUCAACCUGAUGGUGCGAAUCAAGGAGCUCCAGAGGAGGUUGGACCAGUCCAUAGGAAAGCCGUCUCUUUUUAUCUCUGUCUCAGAGAAAAGCAAAGAUCGAGGAAAUAACACGAUUGGUGCCAGGCUGAACAGAGUGGAGGACAAGGUCACACAAAUGGACCAGAAGCUGAACCUCAUCACAGACAUGCUGCAUCACCUGGUUUCCCGUCAGCAGGGGGAUCAGGGCAACAACAGAACCUCUCAGAGAGGCAACAACAACGUCAGCUCAGAGUUUUUCCACCCCAACAACACCCUGCCCACCUACGAGCAGCUGACAGUACCAGGAGGAAACGAAGAUGACAUUUCCUGACGUGGUGAAGCCUGGGUUGGGUUGUUCCUACUUUUCUCCUCUGGAUGGGACUGAGUGUUGAGGACCUGGGAGAAAUGAAGUUCAUCAGCCAACCAAGAAAUUGUGCAACUGCUGUAUCUACACCACUAGUCUCAAACAUGCUCUUCUAAAGUCACCCACAGUAGCCAAAGGAUUGCCAGGCUGUCUUCCACCAGGCAAAACUGCUGGAACCUCCACGAUGAUUUUGUUCCUGAACAAAUGAUCACAACUUGUUAUUUCUCAGAUAGACCAAAAUGAUGUAAAGACAGGCAAAGUGGCAAGGA